CCACUAUUAGCAUCAGCUGUUUUUGUCACUUGCUGUCACUGCUGACAGUUCUUGUUUUGAUUAGAAUUGGAUUGUGAACUUCGGAUAUUUAACAUUUUCAUGGGUAGUAUUUACUGAGCACAAGAACCAUGGCUGUAUACAAUUUAUACGUAUUUGACAAAUAUGGAGUGAUGCUGUUCUAUAACGAAUGGAAUCGCCUAAAGAAGUCGGGAAUGACGCAGGAAGAGGAAGCGAAACUAAUGUAUGGAAUGCUGUACUCUAUAAAGUCGUUUGUAGGCAAAAUGUCGCCGAUAGAUCUGAGGGAUGGAUUCUUGUAUUACAAGACGAACAAAUACGCGCUCCACUACUUGGAGACGCCUUCAGGACUAAAGUUCGUGAUUAGCACAGACACAGCUUCCAUAAAUGUGAAAGAGCUCCUCCAGCAGUUCUACGCCAAGGUUUGGGUGGAGUUCGUAGUGCGCGACCCCCUCUGGGUACCGGGCACUCCCGUCACGUCCGACUUGUGCAAACAAAAGAUCGACGAAUUCAUUAAGCAGUCCCCCAUUUAUGGAAUCAAAAAUAUCUAGAUUAAUUAAAAUGUAUUUAUUAAGCAAAA